AUGGAUCCAGGCCAAUCUGUAUUGAAAGCAGGUGAAUGGUGUGAUGAUGUGAAAAAGUUUGUCGAAGCAGCAGGAAACGUGGGUGCAUGUGAUGUUGUGGGAGUUGCUGUGGAAGCGCCCGAUGUACUUGGGGUUGCACAUCAGGUGUUUGUUGUUGGUCAGGAUCACAAAUUUCCACUUCAGCAUGAGGAUGUGUUGGGAUGUCAGUGCGUGAAGUUUGCGCUUGGCUCGAAUCGUGAAAAUCCAGUUCCUGCUUCCAAACUUUUCUCCGAAUGGAGAAAAGCCACGAAGACGUCGCUUCGGGUCCUCGCGAUUCGACCGAAACGCUUCGGCUGCGACUUCAAUGCGGGCCGUUAUCAUUCGUUCGUCGAGGAUCGCAGAGAUGUCCCCGCAAACCCGACCGAUGGGAAGUGGAUGAAGUCGGACGACGCGUCGGUGGAAUCCGUGGAGACGAACGAUGCAUUCCUCGAGGCCGAGUGCUUUGGGGGGGACCGAUGCGAGGCCGAGACGGAUGCCAGAACGAUGACGUCUUCGGGUGAAAAAUAUCGGCUCACCAUUUUCAAUUCGCCUAUUUAUGACACCACCGUCACGGGUGGGACGGAACGAAAUCGGAACUUGGAUGAGGCCUUUUUUCUUCCUACGUCAUUUCGUCCUCGCGAUGACGUCGAGGAAGACGGGGGGUGGGUGCGACCCGAGCGAUCGACUCGUUCUCGGUUCGAACGAAUGCCGUCACCGAUCCGUUGGGUGAUUUUCGAAGGAUCCACGGCGGCGGGAAGGAGGCACCUUCUCGGCGGGAGUCGGAACUCCUUCGAGACGGCGAGAAGAAGGGACCGUUCGUGGAUCCGGCAGCAGGUGGCCGAGGAGAACCUCGGGUUCUUUUCGUUUCCUGCCGGACCCGUGUCGCGUGGCCGUGGCGAGUUCCCUUCUUCCUCCUUUGCGUGGCGUCGUCGCGUCUCUUCGCCGACUCGGUGCUCGGUUUCGGGUGCUCGCCGGGAUCGAUCGUCCGACGGCGACGAAUGCAUCGUCACGCUCUCCCUGGCCUUCUCGUGCGAUACGUACCUGCGUCUCGAGUCCGAGGUGGGUCUCGUCGUCCAGAAACGGGUGGAGCUGCUUCGUCUCCUUCUCUCUCUCGAUGCCCCGAGUCGACCGAGACGCUACGGUUCCACCUUUCUUCCUCCGAUCGUCUCCAGUCGGUUUCGAAAGAAGUGGGAGACGGCAUCGAAACGUGCCGUCGGUGCGCGGAGUCGCUCCGUCGUCGCGUCGAGACGGUGGGUGUGCAUUCUCGCCGGUCGUUUCGGCACGCGCGGUGCGUCGCGACGGGGUCUUCGAUGCCGAUUCGUCGUGGGCGCCGAAGAUCUGCGAGACGUACUACGAGGAGGAUGCCUUUCGCCAUCUGCUGCCGUUUCUCCUGGGGCCCGAGAUGCGGAGAACAUCUCGAGCACGGAGAAGGGGGAGAGCGGGUCGACGGGGAUGGGAGGAGGCGGGUCCAUGCGGCACUGGAGUCCGUCGCAGACGAGGGAGAUCUCUUCGUUGCGUUGCACGCUGGCGCUGCUGGUUCUGUCGUGCGACGUCUCGGCGCUCGGGAGGUCUCGGCAGGGUGAGCGUGAGGGGUCGAGUCGAGUCCGAUGUGCCGUCCGUCAGGGGGAGGAGGAGGGGACGGGGAUGCCGGAGAUCGUCUCGCAGGUCCCGGUGCGGAACGAUUCGCGAACUGCGGCUUUCCUGCACGAGACGGUGAGCAUCGCUCGGAAGGUGCCGUCGAUCGCGAUGCUCGUCGGGAAACUUCUCGUGACGCUCGGGAGGUGCCAGCCCCGGCUCUCGCGGCUCGUCCUUGCGGAGAUACUCGUUCGUUUGCUCCAUUUCGUCGCCGGUUUCUGGGUGUCUGGAGCGGUGAGGCGUCUCACGCCGUGGCGUGUGUCUGUUGCAGAAUCGGUAUUCGAGCAGUCCGUACGACGAGUCGAAACAUCUUUCCGAAAUCCUACACGUGCUUUUGGUAAGUUACGACUGCUCCGUGGACUUCUCCAGAACGUCAUCGUUCUCGAAGUUUCGCUUCUACGUUGCAGGGAGUGGAAGACGGAAUGCAGUCGGAUCGCCUGCAGUGGAUCGUCGAUGGGUUCGACGAACCCGACUCUGGCGUCGAGGUCGACGGACUUCUGGGUCGGGAUUUUUUUUCUGCAGUUUCUCGAGGGGAACGGAAAUGGAGCCGAUUCCGCCGAUCGUUUCCUCGUGCUUACAGCCGUGAUACAGAGCUACCGUGUAAAUGACAGUCGGAGGAGUUACCAGGCGCUGAAACUUGUGGUGUCCCCGUGCGGGAAGCUACCCCUCGCGCGGGAGCCGUCGAGUACGAGACGGCAAUGGGCCGUCGGUUGGCUCCGUCGGAAGAUGGCCGAUCGCGAACGGUGGACUGCAGAGGUGGACACGAGCGACGAAGACGCUUCCGUCUCCCUCGCGUUCCGGCGGACCGCGAGCGCUCGGGACGCGUUGGCCUCGGCCGAUGCGCCGUUCACCGAGUUCGAAUUCGGGGAGAUGGAGAUCGAGGAAGAGGAAGGGCCCCGAUCGAAGAGGAAGCAGAGAGACGCCGAGUGCAGAAAGGGAGCAGGAGGACCCAGCUUUCGUCCCUGCCCAAUGUGUCCCAAUUUUCUCAUCUUUCUCGUGACUCCUGUCGCCGUGAUGGAGCUCAUGCAUGGACCGUCCCUCCCGCUGGGUACCGAUACUCAUCGUCCGGUGGUUACGGUGGGUGGGUGGCUGGAUCUCGACGAAGAUCGCCUUGCAGCCCUCCGGCAUGCCAUCGUGACGGUCUCGUCGGACCACCCUUCCGGAGUACCGAAUACGGCACGUUGGGCCCUGGACACGACGCCGACCCGACCCCGCCCCGAACACGUGUUCGCCGUGACCCGACGAAAGGCGUUACGGCACCGACUUCGAGAGCCGCCGUCCGCCGACACCGUCCGCACACACGACGAAGUGAAAGCCGAGCUCGACGUGACCGAUCGAGUCUCCUAG